CCGCCCUUCAUCUAUCUCUUCAACGUCCACCACAACGAGCUCAAUGCAUCCAUUCGGAGGCACCCCAAUAUGUCCACGCUGCUCAAAGCCUGUAUAUGCUGCAGAGCAGAUUAUGGGACCAGGCCGAAGAGUAUGUAUGCGUUUAUUACCUUCUCUAUUCUCUUCUCACAUUAUGAUGGCGAACAGCUAUAUCACAAGCCUUGUCUCGCAUGUACCUCUUGCGGUAAACGUCUAGAUUCGUAUAGCCUCGUAGAACACAACCAGCAGCCGUUUUGCAAACAGUGUCAUGUCAAGAACUUUGGAACCCGCGACCUCCGACAUGCAAAUCUACCAGACAGAGAUGACGUCCUAGGCUUGAGCCCUCCCACUUCGCCAACCCGAUCUUCCACUCACCUUCCGAGUUUACCACCGAGAAUGUCGCCCUCACCCUCGACACCCGCUACUUCGUCUAGGUACAUUCCUUCGAGUGCACCUCCUGUACGCCGAACGGCUACUGGGCAAAGCACUGGUGCAAGUACGCAAGGCUUCAAUAUGAAUGGUACUACGUCUCCGAGGCUACAAUCUACACGGACUUUCAGCCCUCCCCCACCUCAACGUGGUUUCUCCCCUAGUAAAGACUUAGCUUCCAAUCCGACCCACACCGACGGCAGGGGACUCGUACGCGCUCCUUCGCCUUGGGAAGACGAACCUUCUUCCUCUGCUUCAGUAUCUGCUUCUACGCCCACCUGUACACCUACUCCUUCUACUAAACCUGCGAAUGGAAUCCCUAGGACGAUUCCACUGAGCUCCGUCAUCUCACCUCCAUCAUCUCCUACCAAGUCUGCCUUCCCCCCAAGAGUGAGCAGUCCCUUUAAAGAAACUCCUCGCGUAUCGAUGGACUCGAAUAGACCCAUAUCCCCUUCUUCGCAUUCUCAUCCGCCUGGCUCUUUCACGCCGUCUUCUUCAGCCUCCACAACAUCACACACACCCUCAACGCCGAUCCGGACAAUCACAGUCCCUCUCAUUCCUACUUCUACAGGUAUUCGGUAUGGUGCUGCUUUAGGCGGUGGUAGUGCAUACGGAAGCCGGUCGGGAGGGUUGGCAAGUCCGACUGGAGGCAAGUUUGGAGGCAGUGGGGGAUUUGGUGGGACCCCGACUUGUGCCAAAUGCGGAAAGAUGGUUUAUUUCGCUGAGCAGCGAGUGUCCUCGGUUUGCUGGUGCUAUCGAGUGUGGACCUUGUUUGAUGAAGGGUGUUGUGCGAUGACUGUCUGAAGGACAUGCAAUCCGGAGGGUUCUUUCAGAAUCAAUGCGAUUUCACCUUGGGCAUUUGCGUCUUUUAAGUCCUGGCCUCUACAGUGUUUACCCCACUAAAGUGACUCAUAUUCUCGCUCUCAUGAUGCCUCACUUACUCUUGACUUAAAUUCGGCAUAUAUGUCCCCUCUGCAUUCUCAUUGUCCACUAUCCCUAUCUAUUCAUUUUACUUACAUCUUUACGUGCCUCCGCUACGUAGAUCAAGGCUCUUAACAAGACCUAUCACCAACACUGUCUUCGAUGUACAGAAUGUAACACCUCAUUGGAUUCCACUCGGUUGACGGAGAAGGACGGAGAACCAUUUUGCGGAAGGUGUUAUGGGAAGCUUUACGGUCCCCAGGGUUCUGGAUACGCUCUAUUAGGCAAGCCCGGAGGUUAGACAACUGUAUCAUCGUCUAUCUUUUCCCCCAAAUCCAUGUGUUCUUUGAUAUCGUCAAAUUUUCGACUGUGUUGUUGGGUUAGGUUUGUAGGUGAGAGGGAAGGUGUGAGGAAUGGAAGGACGAAGGGAAAAUGGACAGUGGUAAUGUAUCUAUACACGAAUGUAGAGAAUGCCUUGUAUGCUUGGUGGGUGUAUACUUGUAAUGCUUACGUUAAAUCGGACUGUUUCUUGUUUAGCACACCUACUUUAUCCAUAUGAUUAUGCUUUGCAAUGUUC